AUGAAAACAAUGGACAAAGACAUAUCAAACUGGGUCAUGGAGUUUCUCCUUCGAAGCUCCGUACCCGAUUCCCUCAUCCAAAAAACCCUAACCGUUCUUCCACUUUCCGGCGCCGAUUCUCGCCUCAAACAAACCCUCCUCCUCCGCAUCCUCCAAACUCACCUCCACCACGCCUCCCUCUCCGAAACCUCCCUCCAAAUCAUCGAGCACCUCGAGGAGCUUUACCGCAGAGACGGGGUUCCUGUCCCCGCGGUAAUGCGCAGUGCUUAUUGCGCUGUUGCUGUUGAAUGUACCGUGAAAUACCUAAUUACAUCUCAUGAGGAUCCGUCCGGAGAAUAUAUUUCCGCUAUUCGACGGAUCUGGCGUGGCCGGGUUGUUCAAUUGUCGGCAGAGGGACGUCGGAGUGAGCUUUUAUCGGACGAGUUGACGCGUUGGGGGGAAGACAUUGAAGCGGCGCUUUGGGAUGUUAGGGUUUCGGAGAGGCUUGCGAGUUUGAAUACACGGAGAGACGCUAUGAAUGAAGUUAAGAGGUUUUUGAAGGAUGCGUGGCAAGUUAUGGGACCUUCGUUUCUUGAUUCGAUGGCAAUGGGUUCGAAAGGGAAUGGUUUGGGUCCUGAAGGUGUUUGUGGAAAUGCUUCGGGUAGUGAAAAGAUGAGAAAGAGUGAUGCAAGGUUAGAGAGUUUGGGAAAGGAGAAAAUGUGCUCUGUUGGAGAUGAUAACAAUGAUAAUGAUAAUGUUGAUGAUGAUGGUGGUGAUGAUGAUGACGACGUGGAAGUGAUGGGUGAAGACCAUGGCAAUGAAGGAUUUGAAGAGAGAGUUGGUACUUCUGUUGAUGCAAAUCAGGAAGUGGGUGGGUGUGAUUCUUCAAAUGUAGAUAAAGAAAUCUGGGAAGACAAUGUUCGGCUCAAACACAAGCACUCUGCACUACGAACAUGCCAUAGGGGAGUUAAAAUCUCUGGUACUGAGGAAGUGAGGCCAACAAAUUUAUCGAGUAAAUAUAAAAUCUUGCCUAGUCCUGAAGUAAAUAAAGUUCGGGAAUCCCUUAAAUCAAGUUCUAUGGAGUUAAAGGCAUUGGUCAAGGAUCCUCUUCCCGAUGCAUUGCGAUCAUCUGAAGAUGUAAGAUCCAAAUUGGCAACAAAACAUAUAAAUCCUGGGUCACCCUGUGAAAAUCAGAAUGGACAUGUAGAUGUGCGACAUUCAGAUGGAUCGAAAACUAUUGUACUCUAUCAGCCUAAUGAUGCCAAUCCUGCAAAGAAGUCUUCUGUUCCUUGUAGUAAUGAUCGUGGCCCCAACUUUAUGGGACGGGCAAGUUCUGCUCAUACUUACGAGUUGGAUGAUUCAAUAGAUAACUCACUGCAAGCAAGACAGCCAAGAAGGAAGAAAAGGAAAUGGACUUCAUUGGAAGAGGAGACACUAAGGGCUGGUGUAAAAAUGUUUGGAGAAGGAAACUGGAGAACAAUUAGAGACUUUUACAGCAACAUAUUCGAAUAUAGAAGUGGGGUUGAUCUAAAAGACAAGUGGAGAAAUAUGAUGCGGUGA